AGCGAAAAGCCUUAACGUGUUUCAUAUCAUGAUAGAAAUUGAUAAUAUUAUUCUACUCAUAUUAUUCUGUUGAGUAUCUAAUUAUAAUUCAAAAUGAGUGAAGUGAAUUUACAGGCGUUAGCUGGGAGAGACGAUGAUCACUCUAGAGCUCCCACGGCCAUGCAAGAGGUGAACCUGGCUUUGAAAGAGGCUGGCUUUGGUCUCUUUCACUUACAACUGCUAUGUUCGUCCUUCGUGGGCGUACUUUCCGGUAUUGUCAUGACCAAUAGCACAUCUUAUAUAUUGCCGGUAGCUGAAUGCGAUCUCAACAUGAAUCUCGUGGCGAAAGGAGUGUUGAACGCUGUACCUUUUCUUGGAAUGAUCCUCGUCUCAGUUGUCGCCGGGUUCCUGACAGAUACGUUCGGUCGCAAAUAUUUCGUGUUGCUCGGCUUCGGAGGGCUGUUCGUAUUCACAUUGAUAAGCAGCACCAGUCAGAACUAUAUUGUGUUAGUCACUGCGAAAUUUUUUGAAGGAAUGCUAUUUGCCACUUCGUUUUCUUCACAAGUAACGUUAACAGCGGAGUUUUGUCACAACGACAUCAGAGAUCGAGUGCUGAUGCUGCAGUCAUCAUUCUCCGCUAUGUCUCAAGUUGUCAUUGCGUUGUUUUCAUGGGCAGUGUUGCCCCAGAAGUGGGAUGUAUCGCUUUUCAAUGGCGCUAUUGUCCUCCACAGUUGGAACUUUUACCUAUUCGUCAUAUCACUAUGGUCGUUAUGCACGACUAUAAUGUACUGGUUUCUCCCCGAGAGUCCAAGAUACUUCAUUACGCAGCAGAGGUACGAUGAGGCGAGAGAAGUUCUCAUUAGAGUCUACAAGCAGAAUACGAGAAAAUCGGCUAAUGAAUUUCCGUACAAAGAUUUGUGGAAAGACAAAAAGACGUACUCAAUCGACGAGUCGCCAGAGAAUGGGGUGAACAAGAGUUUCGCGAGCAUGCUCACGGCGGGCCUCCAUAACGUGAAGCCGAUGUUCCAAAAACCCCGCGGCCUAUAUCUACUGCUUUUCUGUGUCAUGAGCUUCUUCACUAUGCUAUUAUACAACGUAAUAAGGCUGUGGUUCCCUCAGUUGUCCACUAUAGUAGAACACUACAGUAGUUCAGACAAUCAAGACCUCUGUAGCAUGUUAGAUAGCUACACACACGACUUGGUCGCUAGAAGCAUGAAUGCAACGGUGAACAAAACUUGUGUACCAGUAGUCGGCGGUGCAGCUACUUACAUCAACAGUAUGAUACUUGGUUCCGUAUGUCUAGGACCAAUUAUCAUCAGCGGGUUUCUAAUAGUAAAAGUAGGCAAGAAGAACCUUUAUAUAGCAGUUAGCCUAAUGUCCAUCGGCAUGACCUUGGCGCUGAGAUGGGCGAGCUCAAAAGCAAUUAUGGUCUCACUAUUUUCGUUAGACUUAGCGCUUGCCCAAUUUUUGGUUAACCUGAACCAAUACUUAGUGAUUGAUUUCUUUCCAACCACUAUGAGAUCUAUGGCCAUUGGCAUGAUAAUGAUGUGGGGUCGCAUCGGCAGCCUGGUCGGGAAUGUCUUGUUUCCUAUAUUACUGGACUUUGGGUGUGUUGUGCCAUUCUACAGUUUAGCAGGGACUAUGAUAGGUAUUAGUAUCUUAAGUUUCGUGAUACCGGUAAAGAAGAAUUAAGAUUUAUAUUGCAAAAUAAAAUUAAGUUCAGAACCUAGUUAGUUUAGUUUAUUUUAAUAUUAGGUACAUAGCCAGUUUAGCUUCAAUUUAUUUUUUUACAAAAUAAAA